AUGGUCAAGCCACUGAGGGUAUUGACUUGGAACGCCGGGCACUUAGGUCAGCAGCAAUGGGCUGAGCUUCGCACCUGGUUGCGUACUGCAUCAGAUCAGUAUGAUGUGAUUGCUCUGCAAGAGACGCACUGGCAGGAAAGCACAGAGUUUGACGUUGAGGGGUGGCAUUGCAUAAGCUCUGCCAGCAAAGGCAAGGCCAAAGCUCCCAAGGCAAAAAGUAAACCUACGCCAGAUCACAACUCUUCUGAACAGCCAGGCACACAACCGCAGGAUCAGCGUGUUCACGAUGACAAGAGGGCAGACGGAGUAAUGAUACUCACGGCCCCGCACAUUCCCAAAGCUACCAUAAGAUGGAGCGAGCAUCACAAAGAAAGGGUCUUAGAAGUGGUCUUUCAAUGGAAGGGCGCACGCGUGCACAUAGUGUCGGUGUAUCAGCACGUUUGGACCACCUCCAAAACAGCCCAGCAAAACCGGGAGGAUAGAUCGAAGUGUCUUGCUUCUCUAUCCAAAGCGGUCCGGGGAGUUCCGCAGCGUGACACGCUAGUGGUACUGGGAGAUUUCAACUCUACGCUGAACACAAGUGUGGGAGUUGUGGGUACCUGCACUCCAGGCUCUCCGCAACAUCGCUCAGCAGAAGAUGCACACUUCCAGCGCCUAGUGCAAGGACAUGGAUUAGUUGCGCUCAAUACAUGGUCCUCGGGAUCAGGCUUGACGUUCCACACUGCCACCUCAGAGUCCCAAAUCGAUUAUAUCCUGGUCCCGAAGUCAUUGGCGCGUGGAGAAUCUAAGCAGAGCAAACCUCUGACAGACUUCCCGCUGGGACGGUGGAAGAAAGGCGGACAUUCCCCGGUCGAGGCAACCAAGCGAAUGUGGGCCCGGUUGACGGCCCUAGAUGAGGAUUUAGCCAACUCCACGCUGUCCUCGGCAGACCACGAGACACUGGCGCGAGACCUCUCCAUGACCAUGCUAAAGCAGUGUUUCAACGGCAUGACAGACUGCAAUUUGAGGUCGGUGCCACAGUUCGCCUACCAGCCUCAAAGAGGACUUUCUGAUGCCCUUUCCAGACUCUCGAAGCACACCAGAGAGGACCUCAUGGACACUCUUCACGAAGCUGGGGCGCCGUCAGACAUCCAGGGAUUAGUGGCAUCACUGCAUUCCAACAGCCGAUAUACGGAAAGCUAUUCCGAGAACUCGCAGAGGUCGUAG